AUGCUUCUAUUAUGGCUUUGUAUCGUUCAUAAACUCCACCAAUCUAUCCAUCUAUCUCCUCUGCCAUUACUCGCUCAUCACUUCAUCGAAAUUCAUCGAAAUUAAACCCAAAGUUCUUCUUUUGUAUCCGUUUGAUGAAUAUUUUGGAUACGCGUAGUACUUUCUGACCUUGUCCGUGAUGUUUUUUUUUAUCCUCGUCUGUCUUUUCUUUUUACUAUUUUAAAGGUGACUGUGUGACUUUUGUUUUGGGUGUUUGAUUUGAUCUCAAGAUUUAAGGUUGAAGCGUCAGCGUGUUAUUGUUAUCUCCUGAGUAGUGUGUUUCUUAAACGUUGAACAAAGCAGAGUUUUCUUGAAGGCUUGGUUUAACAGCGACAGAGAGAGAAAAAUAGCAUUGUUUGUUUGCAUAAAAAUCCGUCUCCCCGUGUGUGGGUGUUGAAUUUGCAACAUUGUUUGUUGAUUGAUUGAGAAGAGAAAAAGGGAGAAGGAAAGAGACACACAGGGCGAAAAAAAGUGAAGGGUAUUGAGAUUUUGCGGGAAACUCGGUGUCUGAACGUCAAAAAUUAGAAGUCUUUCCUUGUGGGGGCGAUUUGCAUUUUCAAUUCUCUUUCAUAGGCAAAAUUGCAAUCCCACAAUCUCUCUCACUCUUCUUUUUUGUUUUUUGUUUUCUUCCCCAUCUGGGUGGUUGCCUCUGUUUUUCAGGGUUGGGAGAGAAGCUAAAAUCUCCAUCUUCCCUCCCUUCUCUAUAUUUUUCUUCUCCCUUAUCUAUCGAUCUCCAAUACCAUGAUUUUCAGCAAAGGGUCAAUGCAUUCUAAUCUUGAUUGUUUCGUACGGUGUACCACACCCGUGGUUCAAUCCCAGUUUCUUCCCAAGUCUGAGAUCACAAGCCUUAACCGUUUGUGGCAUCCGUGGGAGAGAGAAAGCGUGGAAUAUUUCACGUUGGGGGAUCUUUGGAAUUGCUAUGACGAAUGGAGUGCUUAUGGAGCCGGAGUUCCCAUCUCCUUGACCAGCGGUGAGACACUCGUGCAGUACUACGUGCCUUAUCUCUCAGCAGUUCAGAUAUUCACCAGCAACAGUUUCAGGGAAGAGACUGAGUCAGGUGACUGUGAAACCAGGGAUUCCUACAGUGAAUCUUUGAGCGACGAGAGUGAGUGCGACAAGUUAUGGAGGUGGGAUGGAACUUCCUCGGAAGAGGGAGGAGGGUCUGAGCAAGAUUCUCUCUGGCAUUUCAAUGACAGAUUGGGUCACCUCUAUUGCCAGUAUUUUGAAAGAGCAACUCCAUAUGGAAGAGUUCCUCUCAUGGAUAAGGUGUGUUCUUGUUCAUUAAUGUCUGUCUUCUGAUUUUUCUGUUCUUAAAUGAGAUUCCAACCAAUUCAUUAGGUAUGGAUCAUGGAAAAUUGAAAAGCACUUAAAGGCCAACUGCAAUUACCAAAAGCCCUUUAAGGAUAAACAUCUGAAAAGAUGCAUACUUUGAC